UCCUCGGAUGUUAAAAAGGAAUAAAAAAAAAACCUAGUCCCUUUCUCUCUCGAAGCAAAAGGCGCCGUCGUCGUUCAUCUUUGUUGCUCCGGCGGUUGGCGUCUCUUGCCACCGUCGGAAGCGGUUCUAAUUUUUUUCUUCUUAGCUUGGCGGAUCUCCACUUUGGACUUGCGACGUUGAAGGUUUGGGUUGCGAUCUGGCUUCAAAGAGAUGUUUUGUGUGGUUAUUUGGUCAGAUCUUUGUUCGCUCUCGCUGGAUUGGAGAAUCGGCGGUCUGAGGUGGUCAAUGGUGGUGCGUUGUGCUAGUUUCUCCAGCUCUGCCCUUUCGUUAGUGCAUCAAAGAUUUCUUAAGCGCUUGGGAGUUUGUGUGGUCUGUGGCAAGUGUGGAUGGUGUCUUCUCUCGGGUCUGCGGUUAGGUUCUUCUCUGUGGUCUCCGGAUAGAAGCUAUCAUCCUUGGAGCGUAUGAUGACUUUCUUGUGGUUAUCUUUCGUUUCGCCGUUUUCACUCGGUCGUUCAUUUAGAUUUCAGUGGGUGAAGUGCAAGUGUUAUGAAGUUGUGCUGUCCCUUGGUCUGCAUCCUACGGGUUCUUCCGGAUUACUUGGUAAGGGGCUGUGGAGCUUAUGCUCAAUUGCGUGAGGUCUUGGAGUAGUCGAUUGCCAAACAUGCAUCUUCAUUGGCUGCUCGGGUUGGAAUUUGUUGUUUCUUUGGCUUCUUUGAGGUGAAGCAAUGGUAAGUGUGGUGUUUGUUCGUGGUUUUUCCUUCAACCCCAAUAAUAUAGGCCUGCUACGCUUUCUCGAUCAAUCCUGCUUCUAACGCUGGUUGCUUCGCCUUCCUUGAUUGUAUGGUUAUUCUCCUUUGGCGCUUAGUUAUCUUGUUCUCCUUAGUUUAAGUUAGUUUCUUGGGGGUAAGUGUUUGCUUCAGUCCUUGUUUCUGGGUAGUAUCUUGUUUCUACGCCGGCUUAUGAUUUCAGAAAGGUUGUAUACCUUUGCUGACUUUGUGUGUAAAACUCUGUUUGAACCUUUGAUUAAUCUAAUAGAUGACAAAAAAAAAAAAAAACCUCUCUUCCUCUCACCGUCAAAUUCAGAGAUGGAUUUCCAGGUUGUGAUUCUCGCCGGCGGCUUCUCCAGUAAUCUCGCCCCCUUAGUCUCCAAGGAAGUCCCUAAGGCGCUGCUCCCCGUAGCAAACCGUCCGGUGUUAUCUUACGUUCUCGAUCUUCUCGAGAGUAGUAAUCUCAAGGAUCUCAUCGUCGUUGUUGAAGGAGAAGACGCCGCUCUGACAGUUGGUGGAUGGAUAUCGUCUGCCUGCGUUGAUCGUUUACAUGUUGAGGUUGCUGCCGUUGCCGAGAAUGUUGGAACUGCUGGAGCUCUGAAGGCUAUUGCACACCACUUAACUGCCAAAGACAUUUUGAUUGUAAGUGGAGACAUUGUUUCUGAUAUUUCUCCCGGUGCUGUUGCCGCAACUCAUACAAGGCAUGAUGCAGCAGUAACUGCAAUGCUUUGUGCUGAACCAGUCAGUGGGCCAGCAGAAUCAGGGGGAGCUGGUGGGAAAGAUAAAAUUAAAAAACCUGCUUGCUAUGAUAUCAUAGGGCUUGAUUCCUCGAAACAGUUCUUGUUAUACAUAGCCACAGGGGUGGAGGUUAAGAGAGAUACCCGAUUAAAAAAGAGCAUUCUCUGUGCAGCCGGAAAGAUGGAAAUUCGAUCAGAUCUCGUGGAUUCUCAUAUAUAUGCCUUCAAGAGAUCAGUCCUGCAGGAAGUUUUGGAGCAGAAGCCUACUUUUCGAUGCCUAAAACAGGAUGUACUCCCAUAUCUUGUUCGUACGCAGCUGAGAUCAGAUGUCUUCUCUGACGAAAAAGCUGUAGAAGAAAAUGGAAGUGGACAUGGAAAGAAUAAUAUGCAGAACAACGAUGGGGUUUCGUCCCAAAUUCUCUCCAACGCAUUUUUGCCAAGCUUUCAUAAAGUUUAUGAAUCAGGCCUGGAUAUCCGAAAAACCCACAAGUGCUGUGUUUAUAUAGCGGAUGAAAGUAAGUAUUGUGUUCGCCUGAAUAGCAUUCAAGCUUUCAUGGACGUAAAUAGAGAUGUUAUUGGUGACGCAAACCACCUAUCCGGAUACUCCUUUUCUGCUCAUCACAACAUUGUUCACCCAUCAGCUGAGCUUGGAUCGAAAACCACUGUUGGACCUCAUUGUAUGUUGGGAGAAGGAUCUCAAGUCGGUGAUAAAUGCAAUGUCAAAAGAUCUGUGAUUGGGAGACAUUGCCGCAUAGGCUCCAAUGUGAAGGUGGUUAAUUCAGUUGUGAUGGACCAUGCCACAAUAGGAGACGGUUGUUCAAUACAAGGCUCAGUCAUUUGUAGCAAUGCGCAGCUUCAAGAGCGUGUUGCUCUGAGAGACUGCCAGGUGGAAGCAGGGUAUGUAGUAUUUGCCGGGGGUGAGCACAAGGGUGAGACUUUCGCCAGAAAAUGAAAAGCAUUUUCUUAGUCAUUCGUUCGGUGAACAGAGCGGUGGGGAGAAGAGCGAGAUGUCCCUCACUAAGGUUUUGUUGAGAUUUAAUAGUUUGAGAAUGUUUCAUUGCUAUAGUUUUGCUGAUAGGAUUUGAUCUUUUGCUGCUAUUCCAUUUGAUAACGCUUUACCUAAACUCAAACCCGAUAAAGUCUUGCCAGUUUAUUAUAAUCGAAUUUUAACGGAGCAGGAAAUAUAUAGAUUGAUGUUUUUUAUAUCUGACA